GCAACAGGUGCGUGAUGCGGCGGUGGCACUGAUGGUGGACAUGAUGAAUGAGUCGUCCACGCCCCACACGAUUGUGGCGCCGCUGCUUAAGGACCUGGAGCACCGCAACUGGCGGGUGCGCGCCAGCCUCCUCAGCCUCUUCCUCGCCACACUCGAAAGGCACGGCGUUGCGGAUGUGCAUGUGUCGCGCUUGGUCGACAAGGCCAUGACACUGCUGUCAGACAGGAAUGAAGUGGUGCGGGACAAUGCAUUUGAUUUCCUGGUUGAGGCGUAUCGUCACGUCGGCGCGCCCGUCCGGAAGGCCCUCCAGCGCAGCAAAGCCGUUCCGCAGCAGAAGUUGGCGCGCCUCCUCGACACAUUCGAAGAGCUCAGACACUCGGGCACCAUGCUUGGAGACGACGACGGCAGCUCACCACCAUCAACGGCAUCAGCGACAACUGCGCCGGAGCGCCCGUCAUCGCACUCCCGCAAGGCCUCAGCAACAGAGACACACGCACACGGCAGCGGUAGCAGCGGCGUGGCGUCACGAAGCGCACGCGGGAGCACAGGCAGCAGCGGUGGCGGCGGUGGUGCGAGAUCACGCUCGGCGAGCACAAGUCGAGGCAGCACCAUCCCAAAGGCAAAGAGCAGGGUGGUAUCCUGGCACGACAGGAACAGGAACAAGGAUGGCAGCGUCUCGGAAUCAGACUUUGAGGAGGCGCUCAGGGACACAGAACCAAUCAGCGUGUCCUCUGACCGGCAGCUUGAGGAGGACAUGGCGCAGAUCCGCGCAAUCCUUGCAAAGGACUCCAUCGACUGGGAAAAGAGGCGGGACAUGGUUGUUCGCCUGCGCGGGCUGGUUGCUGGCGGCGCUGCGUCACGCCCCGUCUUCCUCGACACCCUCAAGGCAAUGAACGAUGCCAUGGUGACGUCCAUCAGUGAUCUGCGCUCAGGCAUUGUCAAGGAAGCCUGCCUCACCAUUGCAUACAUUGCGCAAUCUGUCGGCAACGCGCUUGGCCCGUUCUUCGACAUCUACAUUCCUCCACUCCUCAAGCAGGCAAUGGUCAACAUCAAGGUGAUUCAAACAUCAGCGCAGCAGUGCAUCCGUUACAUCAUCAGAAAUGUCCACUACCCACGCACGUUCCAGCGGCUUGCUGAAUACAAGGUAUCACGAUCUGUAGCACAGCGUCGUCUCGUUGCCGAAGCACAUCUCCUUGUUCUCCAGUCGUGGCCGACGGCAGCGCUGGCGAAGCAUGCCAAGAGCAUCGCCGCGUAUCUCAAGCCCUCCCUCAGCGAAGCAGACUCUGUCGUGCGCUCCACCUGCCGCCAGGCAUAUUGGGUCCUCCACUCAAACUUUCCCGACGUCGCAACCCGGGUAUUCAACACUCUCGACCCCAAGACACAAAAGGCCAUCAGCUCAGACAAAGCCAAGCUCGGCCGUACUGGUGGUGGUGGCGGCGGCGGCAGCCACACGUCGUCGAGCAGCUCCAUUGGCAGCACGGGCUCGCGUCGCACCCGCCCCUCCGCUGCCGGUUCACACACACGAAGGAAACAGCAGGACGCAAUCGCUGCGCUGCGCUCCAAGUCACAGGACGACAUGAAGAAAUCAGGGUCGCUGACGAAACCGCUCAAGUUGGAUCCGUCUGUUGUCUCUGCGCCCACGUCUCCCGAGUCGCGCCGCAGACACAUCCGCAACGAGGAGCCCAGCCGCGGCCGCAACGACGUGACGCGACGCCGCCGCAGUACGCUCGCGCAGUCCGCGUCCACCCGCCCCGUUGCCCGCUCAAAAUCAGUCGCUGGCACGACGCCCCGCAGCCAGCGCAGUGGAGCCCCACCAAGCGUGUCCAAACCACCGCGCCACCGCCUGUCCGCCAUUGCGCCGUCGCCGUCACGCCUCCCGCGCGCAACAGGGCCCCUCUCCUCCAGUGGUCGCCUCUCAGUGGGGUCGCCCUCCCCCAGCGUCCGCCGUCCCGGCCGUCACAGCACCGCCAGCGCAUCUCGCACCAGCCUGCGCGGCCAGAGCGAGAACCUCUCCACGUUUGGCCAGUCUUUUGCUCAGGUUGUUGAGGACAGCAAGAGCACGGACUGGGCGGUUCGCCUACAGGCGGUGCAGGACCUCAAGGAUCUUCUCCGCAGCAGAACAACGCCCUCCGCUCGCGAACUCAACCGCGUCUGUAGCUUCUUCGCACGACAGCUGUCUGAGACGCACAACAAAGUCUUCAUCGCUGUCGUCGACGCCAUUGCAGAGCUCGUCGUCAUCUAUCAGCGUGACCUCCCACCUGGCUGGCUGCGCGACGUGGUGCCCAGCUUGCUGCUCAAGUUUGGAGGCGGUGUGCAGCAGAAAAUACAGGAGAAGGUGCUGCACCUGCUGGAUUUGAUCCGCAACACGUUCCCGCCACAGCUGCAAAUUUCGCAUCUCUUCAAGUUCCUCAUUGAUCAGACCCAACCGCAGAACUCCAAGGCGAAGCUGGCGACGGUUGAGUAUCUUGGUGGCGUGCUGACAUUUGCAAAACCGCGGGAUCUGGAGGCUGUGCACGAGAUGAGCCCCUCGGAGUACCGAUCAGCCAUGCGCACCAUCAUCCAGAUGACAAACGAGCCAAAGAGCGCGGACCUGCGGCGUGCGUCGACGUCGGUGCUGGUGAUGGUGUUUGAGGUGCAUCCUCCGCUCUUUGCCCGCAUCCUCGCUGCGCUGCCGCUGGCCGAAGCAGACGCGGCGCGCCAGAUUCUCACCGUACAUGUGCGCGACUGGGAGCUGUUGACAGAGCAGCCAGUGCGGUACGAUGACAGCGAUGAUCACGAUGAUGACCAGGACACUGAGGGCCGGUCUGUUGUGGAGGAGGAAUCCAGAUCCGAUGUGAUGAUGCAUUCCGGGAGCCUGGCGAGCCUUGCGGGCCUGCAUGCACGCAGCGCAAGCGACGACCAGCUCGCAGGCGUGCGGCAGCGGCAACAGCAGCUGCGCCGUCGCAAUGGCCCUGAGGAAGAUCAAGGGCAAGAGCACGAGGUGCAAGCAGCAACGGAGGAAGAGGGAGAGGAGGAGGACGAUGAGGAGCACUUUAGCGUGUCUAUGUCAGCCAUGCAGUUGCGGGAAGCACAGCGCGCGGCGCUUGCUCGGGCCGGUGGUGCUGGUGCUGGUGAUGAUUAUGGCGAUGCCACAGCCGGCAGUGAUGGCGCAGAUGAGACAGGGGAGGCCGGAGACGAGGCAGACUCGCUGGUGAUUGCAGGCGAUGAUGCCAAGAGUGCGACGACAGCGGGUGACGUGCGACAACACCUGCGCCCACACGGUGGUGAUGAUGGUGAGCGUGAUGAGACAGCAACUGCCCUCGGCGAUGCACGCCGCGAUCUGAAGGAGAACAGGGACGCCCGUGUUGGGCUGAACGGACGCUCGCUCGACGCAAAGUCGUACAACCCGAGCACAUACGAGAACACAUCUGCCGUCAACGGCCGCAUUGGCUCUGCUGCACACGGGCGCCAACACGACAGCAGCGAUGGCGAUAGGGCAGCCACUCGCGCGACGGCAGACAGCGGUGACAUCGGAGAUGGCGAUGAGGAGGGGCGCCGGUUGACGUACGAGGAGCUGGUGGAGGCACGGCGGCGCGAGUACAGGCGAAACAGGGAGCGUCUGCACCAACAGCAGGGCUCCCGACAGUCGCUCUAUUCACAGGGUUCGCGCGUGUCUGUUGAGUCGUCGGAUUCCGUGAGUGGCGAGGCGCUGCAGCACGUUGAGCGCGCCAUCGACACUCUCAAGUCCUCGCACGAAGACGAGUCGAUCACAAAGACGCUGCACUGGCUCAUCCGCGUGUCACGCGAGGGGCGUCAGAGCCUGUGGAAGUACCACUUUACCGACUUGCUUAACGUUCUGCUUGAGCUCUUGAACGACGACGAAACGUCUGUGCGCGAGCAGGCGCUUCGUGUCCUUCGCGAAAUGCUCAAGAACCAGGGCUCGUACUUUGCAAGCGUCAUCCCGGCAGUCCUCCCCAAAGUGCUGGAGUGCCACGUGGCGAACAACCGCAGCAUUAUGCACGUUGCGGACGAGGCGUUGACGCACCUGAGCAACAUUGCGCCGACACGUACGAGCCUACAGCUGCUGGAGCCGUUCCUCUCGCAUGUUGACGAUCUCUCCCAGCCCAUCCUCCUCGCCGCCAUCCGCUACCUCACAAAGGUGAUAUCGCGCGGGGAUCAGGAGACGGUGGAGACGCUCGCGCCAUCCUUCAUGCCGGGUUUGCUCAAGAGUUUCCGCCACACUGCGCCGGAAGUGCGCAAGGCGGUGGUGACGGCGCUGGUGCAGUUUUGUCUUCUUCUCACAGAGGAGCGCGCAAAGCCAUACCUGCAGUCGCUGUCGAGCGGGCAACAGAAGCUGGUGGAAGUGUACAUUCAACGUGCAAAGGCGGCUGUACACUCCAGCGAAGUGUGAUGAUGAUGAUUGGGCACGAGCGUGCCUGCAAGCAACACUCGGACGCAAGCAGGUGUGCAUGUCUGAGGAUGAUGUGUACACGCUUCGCGAUUGCUCCAAUGUCGUAUUGGUUUGUUCCCCAUUUCCUACAACCUCCUUUUUUUACUUAGGUUUUCUAGUAGUUUCACUUUCUCUGCCAACCCUUUUGCCCAAUUCUUCGUGCGACGUACGCACUCAGCACAUGCACUUGCCCACGCGUUGCUGGGCCCGUGGUGUAUGUUGCACGUUGCCCUCGUGUCUUGUGUGCUUUCGUGUUUGCGUGUGUUUGUUCAGAAAAAGGAGCUUCGUGUCUGUGUUUUGCCUAUGGAUGCUUCUUCACUCGUGUUGUUUUGUUGCGCACGCGUUGCUGUGGCCCAUUACCAUCUAAUUGUGUUGGUGCGCCGUGUUGCUGUGUUGUACAUCCAGCCGAUCUGCUUACCUUUGCCUCGUUGUUUCCUGGUUCUCAGUUGACGUGUGUGUUUUUGUGGUUGUGCUGUUUGCUCUCACAUCCUCAGCACCAUCAUCUGCUUUUGGUCUUGCGUUGACGGCGUGUCUUUGCUGUGUGAUGUGACUUGCUGUUAUUGGUGACCUGAGCGUGUUGUGUUUGUGUUCUUGUGUGUUUGGUUGUGCCACUUGUUGCGAUGCUGCAAUUCAUGUGUACAAAGACGCUCUUCGCAACCAACACUUCUUCACAUUGAACUUGG